GUUGUGUCUGCCUCAGUGCUCAGUUCUGUUGGUCGUGUUCUGCUGGGGGACGGUGCCGCCUCGCCCUGUGCUCCGUCGUGUUCUGCUGGCCCGCUAGCCGCUGCUGUGCGUCUGCUUAGCGUGUCUGGACCCUUCCGCGGCGGCCCUGUGGUGGCGGUGGUGGUGGCAGUGUGGUGGGCACGUGGUGGUGCUAAUUGUGGUGGUAGUGGUGGUGGUGGUGGUGGCUCCUGCCUCUCCUCCUGCAGCAUCUUUCCCGGUGGCUCCUCGCUGACCGACACAAGGAUGUUGUCUCCCUCCAUCUCUCCGGCCACCUCUCCGACUCUCACACACAGCGGGUCACCUACGCCGCCCCUCUACCCCUCACAACCCAAGAUCUCCGGCAUUCCCACCGUCGCCGCCGCCUCCAGAUUCACAGCGCCCGUUCACAUCGACGUCGGGGGAUCAAUCUACACAUCAUCUUUGGAGACACUGACGAGGUACCCAGAGAGCAGACUAGCGCGGCUUUUCAACGGGUCCAUCCCCAUCGUGCUGGACUCCCUCAAGCAGCACUACUUCAUAGACCGGGACGGCAAAAUGUUCCGCCACAUCCUAAACUACAUGAGGCACGGGAGGAUGCUGCUGCCAGACGACUUCUCGGACCUCGACCUGCUGCUGGAGGAGGCGAGAUACUUCGAGAUAGAGGGACUGGUGAAGCAGGUAGAGGAGAUGAAGAAAGCUCGUAUGGAGAACAGAAAGAACUCCACCUACUCGUCAUCGUCCUCAUCGGCAAUCCAGUCCUCCACCAACUCCUCGUCAAUCAGACAAAAGCCGCUCGUCAACGGCAUCAAGAAGGAGGACGAGGGGCACGGAUACGACGUGAUCGCCCUAAACAUCUGCCCAGACCUCGGGGAGCGCGUCAUGCUGUCAGGGGAGCGAUGCGUCAUAGAGGAACUGUUCCCCGAGGUGGCACAGGCAAUGAUGGACGCUCGCUCCUCUCUAGCUUGGAACCACGACCACCGCUUCAUCAUCAGGUUCCCACUGAAUGGCUACUGCAAGCUCACGUCCAUGCAGGCCAUACAAAGGCUCCUCAACGCUUGCUUCACCCUUGUCACCAGCAACGGAGGCGGGGUGGAGGGUCAACAGUUUUCCGAGUACCUCUUCUGCAGGAGGUCCUUGCCCCUGUGAUCAGCCCACUGCAGGAGCCCUGGCGCCGCUGGGCUAACGUAUACAAACUUACAUAGACUCUUCUCAUGCUGAACAGAGGGAAAAGUAAUACGAAGCAAGGAAAAUGGAGAUGGGGUUGACUAAUUGGUUGGAUUGGUUGGUUGCUUAGAUGUUUGUGUGUGUGUGUGUGUGUGUGUGUGUGUGUGUGUGUGUGUGUGUGUGUGUGUGUGUGUGUGUGUUUGCGUGUGUCGUCUUUGGCUCCACACAAUCACAUGAGUCGAAGUUAUGACGAUAAAAUUCAAUGAAAGCAGAGGGAAAACACUCUAUAUUUAGACCGCCAUGUCCAAUUCCGCACACUGAAGUGCAAAUAGACUUUUUUCUCUCACAUAUUAGAAUCUUGAACAGGAUGAUGGACAGUGAAGGAGGAGAUAUAAAAAAAUAAAUAAAAAAAAAAAGGUUAUAUAUACUCAAUGGCUGGUGAGAGUUGAGAUGCUUACGAGAGGAGGGUUUGAUACAAAGAGAUAUUAAUAUAUGUUUCUAUGACACUUUUACAGAUGAGAGAUUAGUAUUCGUACAGAUUAUAAUGAUGUUUUAGUCUGUUUCUUUACUCUGUUGACUUAGUGAGGUGAAGGUCGCCCGGGGUGACGGAGAGUCGGGGAGAAAGAAAAGGAGAAUAAGAGAGAGAGAGACUGAGACUUGUUGAUGCUGGUGAGUGUCUAGAUGAUGCUGGUGAUUGUGAGAUGAUGUAUAUUGAUCAUCGUCUUGACCGCCGGGUUUCAACGUGGAUUCUUCUGUGCCAUGCUUCGUACUCACAGUUGGGGCAAGAGACAAGACAUCCCCCUGCAGCACCUCUCAAUGACUGACCCAAUUCAUUCCCUCCUACACACCCGCUAACGAUCAUUGUCAGUAAACACGAGUAUUCAACUCUAAAAAUUUAAUCUGAUCGUGAUUCACCGUACUCGUUUGUUCGAUCUCAAGUCCAGUAUUCCUUGAUAGUGAUUUUUCUUCUUUAUUCAAGGUUUUAUUCCUUUCACAUUUUCCAUUCCCCUUGAGCACAGCCGCCACAGGGCCGUCUGCAGGCGCCUGUGCAUUGAGCGGGGCUGCAGGAGGCGUGCCGUAAGGCUCUCGUUCGCACCGACAGUGUUCUGCCAAGUGAAUCAGGAUAACAGCAUACUUUAAGGGAUAUUUGUAAAGAAAUGAUAUUAGUUUAGCGUUUAGGGACGUUCAGGAGGACGGAAGGUGCUGAGUUGGGAGAGGACAUGACCACGCCCCGCUGCACUGAUACAAUCAACAAUAUGGAAAUUUCAUGUAUGAAAAAAAAAAAGCUGAAAACUUGCUGGACGCUAUAAUCAAGAUCUCGGUUUAUUUGCACCUUCGCAUGCAAGUGAUCUCACCGAUAACGGUACUUCCCUCGCAACAAAGCUCUACCUUACUGGAGUCACCUUCGCCGCGCCGGGCCAGCAGGUGUGCAGGUGUGCGUGUCCUCCCGUAAAACGUGGUGGCACAAAAACCGCCGCGCACUGAGGCACCAGGGCGCGUCCCUCACGGUGGCCUUGUUCCCUCCCAGCUCGGCCGACUCUCUCCCAGCAGCGAUCCUUAAAGAGAAGUUUUAUUGUGCCAUACUUAACAGGAGGCUGACCGGGUGCGGGCGGGUCAGCCACCCACUAGUUGUUUUGUACCGUCGAGAUGAAUAUUUCUAAGGAGCGGGGCGGGAUGGGGCGGGGCGGAGGCAUCACCGCCCGUUUCCUGGAGGAGGCGGUGACGCGCAAGCCUCCCCCCCACCCCUCGCCCCCAGGUGGUGUUCCAGAGGGCGUCACCUUUGAUCAUUACUUUUAUUAUCGUUAUCAUCGUCUCGUCAACUGGCUUAACCCGGCCCGAGUGUCCAUCUCACCUGCCGCCGGUGACCCCGUGACCCGCGACCCUCGGAGGUCAGGGCAGGGCGCAGUACAAACAAAGGUCAAAGACGCCCCGUGAACUAAUGUACAUAAUGAUAAUGAUUAUAAUAAUAUUGGUGUCGCUUUGGUUGUGAGAAACAGCGGGAGGAGAGAACUCUCAGCCCUCACGAGUGUAAGCCCCGCCACGCCCGCCCUCCUCGCCUCCACCCGAGUACUCCCCCACUCACACUGCUCACGCCUCCACAGCUUUCCUGUUUCAUCAUCAGGCACAGAGAACCGAUCAACAAAUAACAAAUAAUCUUCACAUCUGUCAUUGCCGUUUUUCUCAAUCUUAGGAGGAAGAUAGGGAGUCAUGGCGGAGGUGCGAGGAAGGGACAGUGGGCGUGGCGUGCGAUGGGCGUGGGUGUGAGAGUUCCCCGCUGCCGUGUUUCCUGCAGCCCGGCACCGCCCAGCGUCCCCUGACACCCUGGAGCCGCCAAGGUCACGUCACGCCCUCAGUGCAUCCUUACCACAUCCCCACAAACAACUGAACAUGCGAUGGGUGGAUUUUUUUUUUUUUUUCCAUUGCUUUCACUUUUUACUUGUUGAGAUUAAUCUGUGCAUUGAUUCCUUCUUUGCCUCUUCUGUUCUGGUUCCUCCACUCACUCCGCGAUAGUGAGGCCACUUCAACCUCCGGUGAUUCAAAGCAAUGAUUUUUUUUUCAAGUGACGUCAACCUUUCAUCACCACGAGUGACUGAAUAUUCACACUUUAAUUUCACCACUAGAUUCAUUGUAAUUUUCCUCUUAUUGAUAUCAUAGCCUUGUCAUGACCAGCUAAAGUAUCAGAUAAUUAAGACUAAGAGCGUAAACUACAAAACGACCAAAUAAUUUUUCCCAAGUAACAUCCUUCCUUGAUUAACGUCAAAAAACACUACGAGUAAGGAUAUAACUUUUUAUCGCCACAUCUAAACACCUGAGUGACUUGAAAGAAACGUCACAGAACUUUUGAUAAUGACACUAAAGACGAGGAGACGUGGCGGACACUUGGCAGGCUGCAGAGUGGCGGCGGAGAGGCAAUAACUGUUUCCUACGAUAUGUAAGUAAGAACCAGGGCCAAGCGAGCAUCCUUGUGGGGACGCCGCCGUCAGUGUGCGAAGACGGGCGCUUUGGGGUGGAGGGACGAAGGGCAGGACUGUAGGGCGUAGAAGUUUCAGUUGUCACGCCUUUGUUAUUACGUUUACAGAUACGCUAAUUUAUUUUCUCCAUUCGUUUGCUAAUGCAUAAUUCCCUUUUUUCUUGUUUCGUUUACAACUUCAUUACUUCUCCUUCCUUUCCAAAUGCACAAUAUUUUUUUUCCUUUCCUAGCAGAUGCGUAAUUUUUCAUUGACUUACCACCUUUUACUCUCUAUUUUAAUUCCCCUUUAAGGUCACGUAUAAAGCAAUUUCCUUUUGCUCAAUCACUGCACUAUAUGUCGUUCAAAUGUCAGGAGAGAGAAAGAAAUGCUCUUUCUCUACAAAAGGUCAUGGAGCUAAAAUUUCAAGAGUUUUUAAAGUCUAGAAACGGACAAUUUCCCUCCAUCCUCCUCUACUUUUCUCUGACAAUAUCGAAACUCUUUGGAAUUCCUCCCCCUUUCCCUUUACCUUCGACUUCUAUGCACGAAUUAGAAGUAGGUGAAAAUGACAUGAGGAGAGCGCCGCCCCGCCCUCCUUCCCUCCACCCUCACCGCCCCUUCCGCUGCUAUGCAUAUCAUCACACAUGCCCACGCGGCGAUUAGAGACAAACGCUGCCCCUCACGCCUGACGGAGGGCUGACGGUGGUGUGUCGCCAGCGAAAGCAGCAACAGAAGCAACAGCAGCGGCGUCGCGUUACUGACGGACGAACAGACCAGAGGACUUUUUGGCAAGUUUGUCGGAUGAAUCAACAUGGUGCCAUAAGGUAGUAGACAAACUAACAGUCCUGAUUGACCCAGAACACGUGACAUCUAUGUCCGACACACACACACACACACACACACACACACACACACACACACACACACACACACACACACACACACACACACACAGAACGGUCGUAACUCAAUGCAGCACGUGUUGUUGGUGACGAUUUUUUUUAUUACACUGAAGCCGCGUGGAGGUGAUUCGGCUUAAGCCAGUUUACCCGUGAGGAGACGCGAGAUGGACCUUUCUACCGCCUCUACGGAAGGCCUACAAUAAAAGCAUAAUUUUCACUUUUACGACCUGGUGUUCCAUGUCCCUGUCCUCGGUCAAUCGAAGUGCAAGGAACGGUUCUCCUUGCUUUCUGUGAUACGUGUGUAUAUUUUAUACUAACCAGUCAAAAUUCUCAUUAGAUAUAAAGAGAAUAACGUCAUUUUAUCUCAGAGGUGAAGUGUUCCACUCAUCUUCAGGAAUAGAAUAAAUUUAUGUCAAACAGA